CUCCAUCGAAGAAAAAAGCAAACGCGGCGGACUGCGGUGACUGGCGAUGCCCGCAUUCGUUUUGACGCGUUCGCUCGCAAUCGCAUACCGCGUCACUGCGACCGCCUGGCGCUUGCUUUAGAUUUGGAGAUUUUUUAGUCUGAAAAUAUGAGUGAAGCGGAAAAGUUAAUUGAAGCGGUGCGCGAAAAUCCUCUUCUUUACAAUACGUCACAUGCUGAUUAUAAGAAUGUAAGCAAGAGGGAAGAAACUUGGUACAAUAUUUCGGAAAAAUUUGGGGGAAAUUAUGAUGUAGACUGGAAGAAGAAAUGGAAAAACUUAAAAGACUCCUAUGUGAAGUAUUUAAAAUCAGAACACUCGAAAAAUUCCACUAGAAAUUCGAAUAAAUCCUUAAGGCGAUACAGAACUUGGCCAUGGGCAUCAAAAAUGGAAUUUGUCAGACCAUUUUGCAAAUUUAGCAUACCAUCCGAAUCUAAUGCAACUGAAAAACAAUGGUACGAACUAGCAGAUGGUGUUAAUAGCGAUGAAAGCUUAAAGGGAUUCCCAGAAACUGAAUUAUUGGAAGAUCCUUACGAACAAAAAAUAGACAUUAAGCUCACGACACAUUUCAAAGACCAACAUCUGAAUAUUCACGAUCUAGAUACUCGUAGUCAAGAGAAUGAGGAUGAGUUUAAUACCCAUUCGGCCAUACAACAUAUCAAUAUUGAUAGUUGUAAAUUUGAUGCCAUAGAUGACAGCCCUAAAAAAGCUAAACGAAGGCGAAUGUUAGAAAAAACUUCAUCAACCCACAAUGAUAUUGAAUUGAUAUUAAUGGGUUAUGCUAAAACUAUAAAAACAUUUUCAGCUAAAAGACAGACAAUGGUUAAAUUUAAGUUCUCACAAAUUCUAAUGGAAGCAGAAUUGGAACAACAGGAAGAAGACCAAUCAAAUAUAAAUGGACCCCUAGGACCAAUGGCUAAGAUGCAAUUUCAUAAACAUAAACCAAAUUCGUCAUUGUGUUAUGAAUCUUCCAAUUAGAUUCUAUAUUUUUUUCUUUCAAAAUGCUCAUGUUGAAAUACAUAAAUAUUGAAAUAUUAAGUUACCUUUAAGUUUGUUAUGUAUUAAUUGUUUUAUUAGAUUUAAAUUA